CCCGCAUCUUAUUAGCAACCAGGGAGAUUUCUCCAUUUUCCUCUUGUCUACAGUGCGGCUACAAAUCUGGGAUUUUUUUAUUACUUCUUUUUUAAAAAAAACUACACUUGGGCUCCUUUUUUUGUGCUCGACUUUUCCACCCUUUUUCCCUCCCUCCUGCGCUGCUGCUUUUUGAUCUCUUCGACUAAAAUUUUUUUAUCCGGAGUGUAUUUAAUCGGUUCUGUUCUGUCCUCUUCACCACCCCCCACUCCCCCCUCCCUCGGGUGUGUGUGCCGCUGCUGCUGCCGCCGCCGCUACUGCCGCCGCCGCUACUGCUUGCCCCGUCGUUACACCAACCCGAAGCUCUUUGUUCCCCCCUUGGAUCUGUUGAGUUUCUUUGUUGAAGAAGCCAGCAUGGGUGCCCAAUUCUCCAAGACCGCUGCGAAGGGAGAAGCCGCCGCGGAGAGGCCUGGAGAGGCGGCUGUGGCCUCGUCGCCUUCUAAAGCGAAUGGGCAGGAAAAUGGCCACGUGAAGGUAAACGGCGACGCUUCUCCCGCGGCCGCCGAGCCCGGCGCCAAGGAGGAGCUGCAGGCUAACGGCAGCGCCCCGGCCGCCGACAAGGAGGAGCCCGCGGUCGCCGGGAGCGGGGCGGCGUCGCCUGCCGCGGCCGAGAAAGAUGAGCUGGCCGCCGCCGCCCCCGAGGCCGGGGCCAGCCCUGCGGAGAAGGAGGCCCCAGCGGAGGGCGAGGCCGCCGAGCCCGGCUCGCCCACGGCCGCGGAGGGGGAGGCCGCGUCAGCCGCCUCCUCGACGUCUUCGCCCAAGGCCGAGGACGGGGCCACGCCCUCGCCCAGCAACGAGACCCCGAAAAAAAAAAAGAAGCGCUUUUCCUUCAAGAAGUCUUUCAAGCUGAGCGGCUUCUCCUUCAAGAAGAACAAGAAGGAAGCGGGAGAGGGCGGUGAAGCCGAAGGCACCGCCGGCGCCUCCGCCGAAGGCGGCAAGGACGAGGCCGCCGGGGGCGCCGCUGCGGCCGCCGGCGAGGCUGCGGGCGUGGCCUCCGGGGAGCCGGCGGCGGCACCGAGCGAGGAGGCGGCCGCGGAGGCGGCGGCCGCCGCCGCGGCGUCGUCGGCCUGCGCAGCUCCCUCACAGGAGGCCCAGCCCGAGUGCAGUCCAGAAGCCCCCCCAGCGGAGGCGGCAGAGUAA